UGUAAUGAUACAUAUGUAUAUUAUUUCCAUGGAGAUUGCGACUGUGUAAAAAUGGAGAUUGAUCCAAAAUUCACGUUUAUACCAUUGAAUGAAAAAACCUACGUCGCGCUUAACGACAAGGACACAAAAGAAUAUCUGUGCAAAUGGGGAUUGAAAGGAAAUUUUGUUAUUCAGAAUUUUUCGUUCAAUCAACCGUUUCAACAAUAUCACAAAUAUCAAUUGGUUGAUGCUUUUUUUAAAGAUGACAUCGUUGCAAAAGCAUUGUUGUCUAAACAAGGUUAUAACUGGGUGAGGCAAGGCAUACGAGCAUCGAAUGUGGAGACAAAGCAAAUACCCUGCUCAGUUUUAAGCAUGUCAUUCUUUAAUAAACUGAAGGAUUCAAAUAACGGAAUUGUACAUAAUUCAGGAAUGAUCUGUAAAAGAUAUGAUACACAAAUAGAAGAUUUUUUGGUGUCUGACAAACUGCGUGGUGUAAAAUAUUUUUAUUAAAAUAAACUGAUUCU